AUGGUGAGAGCGGUAUACUCUAAUCAACGAGCAUUUACUAGCGAAAAUGUCGUUCAGCGAGUAUUGGCUAGGAAUUCUCAAAGAUGCUUCUUUAACUUUGCAUUUUUACGAAAAGAAAAGCGAAACAUUCCGUUUACUAUGUAUGAGAACGGCAUUCCGUUGAUUGGUAGCCAUUCUUAUAACCCUUCUUUUUGUAUUCCUCUAAGAUAUAUGGAUACUCGUCCAACCAUUUGUUGCAAAUCUCCGUAUUGUUCCAAUCGGGUUCCUCCGGUGGUCGUCCAACACGGUCUACUUUUUCGACAGAUUUGCCUGAAAGUUAAGUUAUUCAUAUCAAAAAAACUCCCUUCAAUAAAUAAUGUAAACUUGACAGAAUACCGAAAAGCAGAGGAAAGCCGUUUGGCCUGCUGUUAUCUCCAACUUUAUUCAAAAAGUCCAUUUGAACUGCUCCUAGGUUGUUCUUCAAGAACCGCAGAGUCUUUGGUAAAGAUCUAUAAAAGUACGUCGUCAUUCAAAUACGAAAAGAGGAGGGAUCGUUUAAAACGAGAACAACACAAGUUGCAUGAACCAUAA